CUCACCAAUUAACUCACGAUCUUUGCCUACCUCUCAACAUCAUAUGUAUCUACAGAUCCUAUUACUUUAUAAAUGAUCCUACACUGUCAAUACCAAUCUAUAUAAAAUGCUUAUUCCUUCAUAAGUACUUAUACAUACCCCUUGAGUUGGCACAAGCUCAAUAUGGUUCAUAAUGAGUUCACUAUAUUGGGCACAUCCUCUCCGAACGGUUAGGUCCUUUGGCUUUUUAUCAAAAUCGAGAUUUCAACUUCGACUUUCACAAUUCGAUCGAGUUCCACCUUUACAUCAUGGACGGCAACCUGGAGUUAGAUUCUUUAGUGUUGCGCCAGCCAUUCUCACCACCAUACACUCAGCGGUAGAUACGAUUAUCAAUAUACAUACUACUACACAUAUACCCUGGUUCCUAUUAAUCCCCUGCUUCUCAAUUGGAGUCAAUGCUAUCUCCCGAUUACCUUUUGCCGUAUACACACGUAAACUCCAUCAACGUCAAGCAAAAGCAUCUAUGGUCAUGCAAGGAUGGGGCUGGCGCGUGCCACAAGCUAUUCACAAGGACGGGAUUCCGAGAGACCAAGGAAGGAAAGAAGCAGAGAAGAGGAUUUCGAGGAUAAGGUCGAGGAUAGACCGCGCCUUGGGCACGCAGAGAUGGAGGAUGUUUUCUAACAUAUUGACUUUCCCCGUCUGGCUUGUGGGUAUCGAAUGUAUCAGGCAAAUAUGUGGCGGUCCAAGGGGAAUGCUCGGGAACCUUUUCAUGGGGCGCGUCAAGAGCGAAGAUGCGGUCCCUAGUGCUCAAGAGGGCACAGGAGCUGCUAUGUCUCCGACAGAUAUCUCGUCUGCAGCUAGCCAAGGGUCUCUUGUUGAUUCAUCAACAACUUCUAUCGUGGCCGACCAUGCCAGGAACAUAUUAGACCCCAGCAUUGCGUCUGAAGGUUGUCUCUGGUUUUCCGACCUAUCCGUCGCCGACCCAUACCAUAUUCUCCCCUUCGCAUUAUCUGCCAUGCUGGUCGUAAACAUGGUGCCGAAGGGAGGAAUUCCUCAAUUGCUCAAUCACAAGAAGUCUAAUGAUGCAUCUACGCUAGUAGGACCACAGAACCUGUUGGGACUUAGACUAAGCCGAGCUUCUGUCGUCGUAGCACUCCUAGUAGGUCCUUGUACUGCAGAUAUGCCGGCCGCGCUCCAUCUUUAUUGGUUGGUAUCGACUACAACGAGCUAUGUCAUGCACAAGGUGCUAGCUCACCUCAUACCUAUUGAGCGGAGGCAGGUUGAGAGAUGCAAGGGGGUUGAAUCUAACAUCAUUCAACCGAGACGAAAAGCGGCAUCUCGAGUGGAAGAGAAGAACACCGAGCAAAAACGAAUCUCAAGCAAUAAAGCAACUCAAAGCUAAAAUUACGACGGCUAAAUAGGGAUGGCCGGGUCAAAGGCAAUGACUACGAGCUACAUUACGAGCCACAUUGAUCCGAUAUAUAAGAUAUCAUUAUACAAUGUGUGAAUACGUGCAAUUGGUUAAGACGUUUAUGGCAAUACUGUAAAAUAUCCAGCCUUCAGAAUUGGAUAGUCGAGCCAUUGCGAUAAACCCUAGCGCCUAUGUUCAUAUCAAAGCAGUCUUUAAAGGGGUGUGGUCUCCCGUCCCGUUCCCUUAAAAAGCUAGA